AUGAUGAAUAGACUAUUUCCAGUAGUCAGAACGGCCUUACAAGUCUCCAGAAGAUCGCACCUUUCCAAGGCCCCAGUGCAGAUUUCUUGGUUCUCCUCCACGUCUUCCGCCUGGGCAAAGAAGGUAAAGGCCACCAAGAAGGGCGGCAGAAGCAGAAACGAAGAACUGGCUGCCGAGCCCACUCCAGAAGUUGCCGAGGUCGAUUUCACAGUGUUAGAAGCAGAAUUCAAGCAGGUCAUCGAGCUCUAUAAAACCAAGGUGACCGAAGUUAAGCUUGGAAAGUCUAAUCCCAAGAUCUUUGACCACCUCAAGGUGGACAUCCACAAGAAAGAGCUUCCGUUCACUCAAGUGGCGCAGACCAAUGCCCAGGGUGGAAGAAACUUGAUCAUCACGGUUUUCGACCCGAGUGAUGCCAAGAACGUUGUCUCCGCCAUCUUGGCUGCUGAUAUGAAUAUCAACCCACAGCAGGACCCAAACAACUCGCAGCUCUUGAAGGUUCAAUUACCACCACCAAGCGCAGACUCCAAGGUCGAGUCUAUCAAGGCCUUAAAGCGUGAGUUUGACUACUUGAAGACUGCUAAUGCCAACAAGUCUUCUUUGACCGACAUCAGAGGCAGGGCCAUCAAGCCGUUCAAAAACUCCAAGAUGUCGGAUAUCGAGAAGAAAAUCAUCCAGGAUAUUGAGAAGAUCUACAAAAAGUAUGUGGACUUAUUGGCCGACACCUUCAAGGCAGCCGAAAAGAGUUUGUUGAAGUAA